CGUGUAAGUGUAGCGCACGCGAAACCAGAGCCAUGUGUAAAGAGCACGCAGUAAAUGCGUAAAAAGACCUCCAAAGCAAGUUUGAAUGUUUUCACAAUGUACCAGAGCUGUUUGAGAUAGAGAGAAACAUGUCACAAAACAGCGCUGCAACAAACACACGCCAAAUUUCACAUUAUGACGUGUUGCAAGUGGCGAACGAUGCAACGGUUGAGGAAAUUCGAAAAGCUUAUCAAACGUUGGCCUUGCAAUUUCAUCCUGAUAAGCGGAAAAAUGAUCCCGAUUCGGAGCGGUUUAUUCGCAUCGAUGGAGCAUGGAAGGUAUUGCGGGAUGAACAGUCGCGUCGAGUCUACGAUGCAGAACUAAUGCAACGGUCGUGCGAGGACGAGUAUUUUGUGAACGAGAUCCUUACGAAGGCAGAUUUCGAUAGAAACCACGAAGAUGGCUACAAUUAUCACGCGUGCCGAUGUGGCGGAUAUUAUGUUUUACCGGAUGAACCAAUUAUCGAAAAGAUAUACGUUGGUUGUGAUGAAUGCUCCCUAGUAGUGCAGGUAAACCCAUCAUAAAGAAAAUAAUUUUUUAUUACAUUACGAUGCGAUUCGUUUGAAAAUAAACCUAUA